GGUUUAAAGUGUAUUCCCUGCCGGUGUUUGAAAGAGACAGCAUGCAUCCACGACCGUGCGAGCGCGCAGAGUUUUAUGGGACCAAGAAGUGAAGCGCGACGCAAAGCCAUGCGUUCAUCUUUGUUUGUUUUGCGCGUUUCCAAGCGAUGCUGAAGCGCAUUCGGCUCUUGUUUGAGGAAGCGGCCGAGCCGGUAGAGUUUGGAUGUAACGUAAGCUGAUUGGAGUAAGCAGCGGCAGUCAGAGUGGGUGAUCACGGGGAGGAGGGGAGAUACUCUGAAGUGGGCUCUCUGCGUGUGUAUGCGUGUGUGUCUCUCCAGCGGCCAUGUUAACCAAGAAACCCUGCGUUACUGCUGGUGCUGCCGUCUACCCGACUGGCAAAGGGGGUGAGAUUUGCCAGCUACAGUCUUCCCCUGGACUGGGCAUUGGGGGUCCCCGGACUGGAGCAGGGACGGAAGCCACAUCACCCCUCACAUUACCCCCUCUCAGGAAUAACAACUUACUCAUGGCUGGAGGCAAUAAGCACACAAUGAAUGACCAUCUGCACGUCGGGAAUCACCAGCAGAUCCACGUUCAACAACUGUUCGAGGAGACCAGUAACAAGAGGACAGUGUUGACUGCACAACCCAAUGGGUUGACACCUGUGGGCAGGACGGGUGUGGCCAUGCCUGAAAAGCAGCAAGAAAGCACCCCGUGUCGACAAGGAAGCUCGACCUCCUUCAAAUCAACCGAAAGCAAACCCAAGCCAGCGCCUUUGACUUCAGAACAGGCCAUGAAACAAAACAUGACUAAGCUGACAGUGUUCGAGCACCAAGAGAUCUUUACCUAUCCCGAGAUUUAUUUUAUAGGUCCAAAUGCAAAAAAACGUCUAGGCGUCAUUGGCGGUUCGAACAAUGGAGGUUAUGACGACGAUCAGGGCUCCUACAUUCACGUGCCCCAUGACCAUAUUGCAUACAGGUAUGAGGUACUGAAGGUCAUCGGCAAGGGCAGCUUCGGCCAGGUGGUCAAGGCAUACGAUCACAAGAACCACCAGCAGGUGGCAUUAAAAAUGGUGCGCAACGAGAAGCGGUUUCACCGGCAGGCGGCUGAGGAAAUUCGUAUCCUGGAGCACUUGUGCAAACAGGAUAAAGACUCCACGAUGAAUGUCAUCCACAUGCUGGAGAACUUUACAUUCCGCAACCACAUCUGCAUGACGUUUGAGUUGCUCAGCAUGAACCUCUACGAGCUCAUAAAGAAAAACAAGUUUCAGGGGUUUAGUUUGCCACUGGUGCGCAAGUUUGCACACUCCAUCUUGCAGUGUUUGGACUCACUGCACAAGAACAGAAUUAUUCACUGCGACCUCAAGCCAGAGAAUAUCCUCCUGAAGCAGCAGGGGCGCAGUGGGAUAAAAGUUAUCGACUUUGGCUCUAGCUGCUACGAGCAUCAACGGGUCUACACUUACAUCCAGUCGCGCUUCUACAGGGCCCCGGAGGUCAUUCUGGGGGCCCGGUACGGGAUGCCAAUCGAUAUGUGGAGCUUAGGUUGUAUCUUAGCGGAAUUACUGACAGGGUACCCUCUCUUGCCCGGGGAAGAUGAAGGGGACCAACUAGCAUGUGUCAUAGAGCUACUGGGUAUGCCCCCCCAGAAGCUAAUGGAGUCAUCUAAGAGAGCCAAAAAUUUCAUCAGCUCAAAGGGAUACCCCCGUUACUGCAAUGUCACGACCAUGCCCGAUGCCUCUGUUGUGGUAAACGGGGGCAGGUCUCGCAGGGGCAAACUCAGAGGUACACCAGGGAGCAGAGAGUGGGUAACGGUGCUCAAGGGCUGUGACGACCCCCUGUUCUUGGACUUUCUCAAACAGUGUCUAGAAUGGGACCCGUCAUUGCGUAUGACCCCAAGUCAGGCCCUCCACCACCCGUGGCUCAGAAGACGCUUGCCAAAACCUCCCACUGGGGAGAAAACCACCGUGAAGCGGAUCACUGAGGGCACCGGUGCUAUAACUUCAAUCUCCAAAUUACCUCCCCCUUCUGGCUCAGCCACAAAGUUAAGGACUAACUUGGCACAAAUGACUGACGCCAAUGGGAAUAUACAACAAAGGACAGUGUUGCCAAAAUUAGUCAGCUGAACGCUAUUUUUCUGGGUUUUUACAUGUUGAUGUUGGAAAUUGUGCAAAGCUGAGCUUUCAGAAGUGUGGCAUUUUUUUAGGAAUAGAGUCUUUAAUGCAUAUCCAUCAAUUAUGAGCUGCUUUGUAGCACCUUUUGUUGGAUUUUUAUUCUAGGAACGCUAAAAUGGCCAAGAAAGGGGGAACAACACUUAAGUUUUUAUCUCAGGGCUUGUGUCAAAUGCCUCUUAAGGGGAGCAUUCAUCCAUUAUGGUCUAUGAGAACAAACAGUCCCAGAUGGUAUAAUGCCUUAAUCAAGUUGCAUACAAAGCAAAUGGCUUUGCCACAUUGAAGUAACGGCAAAAAUACGUUGUGAGACUGAAAUUUUAAUCACCACCCUCAGAUCCUGUCAGACAAAUAGUACAGUAAUGGAUGAGGAUUACAAAUGCAUUUACUAAAAGCUAUGCGAGGCCUGUGGCAUUUUCGUUUUCAAUAUCGAGACUUUCAAUACCAGAUUCUUAGACCACGGGAAGAGGUCCUAAUGGAGAGCGGAUGUUGCAGACUGUUGUGAGGUAGUUAAGGGAAACAAUGUUUACAUGACAGACUUGGUAUGUGCCUAUAAAUCUCUUGACAUUCCUUAAAAACUGAAAUGAGGAAAAGAGUCUACAGUCAGGCUACUGUAAAAGUCGAGUUAUGGCAAAGGGUUUGAAUGAGAGAAUACUGUUUUAAGCUGUAAUUGACGGAUGUAUGUUACGAUAAGCUAUUCUCCGGUAGAGUUGCUUUUGAAUGCAUAAUGUCCUGGAAGGAAAAUAACUUUGGUGCUUUACCUUUUAUCAUUUUUAUAGCUUGUAACUUAAUACUCAUGGAACAAAGCAGUAUUAAGAAAGGAGUGAAAUCAUGAGUUACCGCUGUAAGAUUGCAGAUUUGUCUUGAAUUGUUUAUUGUCUUUAUCAAUGCGCAUUUGGAGUGACUAGAAGGACUGAGAGCAUAAUAAUAAGAAGACGGGAUGUUGCAUUUACUUGAAUGUGAGAAAGUAUUGAACGUCACACCUGAAUCAAGUCGCAAAUCAAAUUUAUACCACUUAGAAAAAACUUUUUUUAAUGUUACAUACCCUUUUAUCAUGUUAUCAUUGUGUGGACUUGCUAAUAUCAGGCCAGAGUUAAAAUUCUUAAAGGUUGUUCCCUUUCAUAAAAAUAACAAUAACACUUUCUUAUAAUCCAGAAGAGGGUUUGACAAAGAAUAUAUCAUAUUCGAGCAAAAAACAGGCCAUUUUGUAGCAUUUGUUACAUGGUAGGAAGAACAUUUGACUGACAUGGGUGUGUAAAAGCGUUUAACUUAUUUAUUUUACCAUGUCUCAACGAAGAGCUAAUAUAAAGGAACCAGUGGCCUGAUCGUGUGCGGUCGGCUGUGUAUCAAAUGUACGUCAUGUGUAAUGCACAAGAAAUAUAUCUGCCACUAUACUCUGAGACCCGACUCGAGCAGGAACUAGUCCUGUUUGCUGUCAACCAGUCACGGAUUGUGGAGGUGUAAAAUGGGGUCAGAUCAUGGGCUGUCAGGGACUCCAGCUAAGCUGUAAUGCUCACUUUGAUCCCCCACUUCUUCCAUCCGAGACUGGCACAGUGCCCACCAAGGGCCUGCUGCACACUGCUCAGGGGCCCAGACCCCUGUAAACACCCAUAGUGCUUUAGAGAUGGAGACGUAUCCUGCCAACAUCAGCAGGCAUUUCACAAUGUACUUUAUACUUUUUUUUACUGUUUUGUGAAUUGACCGCAGUGUGGAAUAAACGUGCCCUUAGGUUGAAUACAAUGUGCCUUUGGUUAUCAAUGCCAUUCAUUUCAUUUUCAAACAAAGCUCCCUGCUACUUACUUUUUAAAGGUGAUCCUUUUGCACGUCACCCAAAGAUACUCCCCAAAGCUCAUGCAGUCCGGACGCUCCGAUAUUUUUUAGCCAACGAGAAAUCCCAAACAGGGAUGUCUUGGACAACGAUCACUACAUCGAUCUUUCUCAACGACUACUACUGCAUUCAUGUUGUCUAAACACCAACUGUUCACGAUUACAAUAGAAAUAAGGACAUGUUUCGAUAUUUUACCUCAGACUGUUGUGAUAUUCUUGUACUCUAAACCCAGGGCAUUUGGUACGUACCAAAGUGCAUUCCUUUCUUUGUUAGCGGCAAUGAGGAAAAGAAGCCAGAUUUUUCUCUUUUUUUUCUGAUCUAGAGGCACUCAAGCCUCUCAAGGGCAUAUCUUGAGAGAGAUAAUCUUCUGUGGAGAGCGAGGACGGGGUAAAGAGGCUUGAGAUCUAUUUAGCUGCCAAUUACACCACCUUCUAUAAAGUCUGAAAGAUGUAGCACACCUCCAAACGUGGUUGGAUGUAUCUUUCGAGUGAAAACUACAACUCCCAGAAUCCGACAGCGAGUCAGUUGCGCAAUACAGCGGUAGCAUCGUUGAGGCAGUAGAUGAGUCUCUUUUUAAGACUUUUAAAGCGUAUGCCCUAACUCUUGAAUCCAGCCACUCGGGCGGUCCUUUUCAAUUUAAUCUUUCAACUGAGGAACAAAGUUGCUAUUUGUUUGUAUUCAGCCACAGAAAUGUACUGUACAUAUGUGAAUUGAGAAUUCGUGGAUGUGUACAUAUGUAUAAUGUUUUCAUUUUGUGAAAUGCUGCUGAAACACUACGAAUAUUGCUGUAGUGGGGGUUUUAUGUCGGCGGCCAGUUUUAUGAUACUGUAUGUAUUGUACAUCUGAUGGAAGUUUUUUUCUAGUGAUCUUUGUUUUUAUUGUUGUGGCUGGAAAAAAUGAAUAAUAAAAGUUUUAAUGUCUCAUCUUU